AUGGAUCCGAUUGUAUCGCAAGCGGAUAUUGUAUCGAAAAAGACGAAAUUAGCGUAUAGUGUUGGUCAUGUUCUCAACGAUCUUAGUGCAUCGAUGUGGUUUUCGUAUUUACUUGUUUUCUACCAUCGUGUCGUAAAUUUUUCCAAUGCAUCUGCUGGUUAUUUGUUGUUAAUCGGUCAAAUUGCGGAUGCUUUGGCAACAACAUUUGUUGGCUUUGAAUCCGAUCGAACUCGUACAGGAUUAUUUCAUUAUGGUCGAAGGAAAACAUGGCAUCUCAUUGGUGUAAUUUGCGUUCUCGGCUCAUUUCCAUUCUGUUUCAACAUAUGUGUUGGCUGUCGGUACAGUGACUUAUGGGCACAGUUUAUUUACUACACGAUGUUCAUUAUAAUUUUUCAAUUCGGUUGGUCAUGCUCGCAAAUCACGCAUCUAGCAAUGAUUAACGAAUUAACACAUAAAGAUGGCGAACGUGUUGCCCUGAAUUCGUAUCGUUAUGCUUGGACAGUUAUUUCGAAUAUAUUUGUGUAUGCAAUGGCUAGUGUUCUACUUGGUGUUCAUUCGGGUAAUGAUAAAACAGAUAUAACACCAGCGGAUGCACAUAUCUUUCGAUCAUUGACACUGAUUGUUGUCGGAAUUGGUCUACUGUGUAUGAUUAUAUUUCAUGUUGGAUUGAAAGAAUCGGAAUUACCCGCGGAAGACACUGAACAUCGAUUGCAAUUAUCUUUAACUUCAAGUGGACGAUUGAAGCGAAUGACAUGGAAAUGUUUUCUACGCGAAAAAGAAUUCUAUCAAUGUGCACUCAUUUGGAUGUUUAUACGUGUCAUUCUCAACGUCACACAAGUCUUUCUACCCUUAUAUAUCAUUGACACAAUUUCGACGUUGGAUCGGAUGUACGUCGCUAUUGCUCCUCUAUGUUCAUAUGUCAGCGGUUUACUUGCCUCGUUUCCAAUGCGUGCGAUAAACAAACGUCUUGGUCGGAAAAUCACCAUGAUUCUUGGCUUACUUUUUGUUCUUGCUAGUACAGUUUUAUUCUGGUGUAUUUUUCAAAUGAAACCGACUAUACCAAUUGAAGCGACACUGAUUCUCGGUUGUAUUUUACUUGGGAUAGGAACAUCAACAACGAAUAUUUGUUCAUUUUCCUUAACGUCGGAUCUGAUCGGAUUGAAUACUGAAUGUGGUGCAUUCGUGUACGGAAUCAUGUCAUUCGCAGAUAAACUUGCUAAUGGUGUUACCAUUGCUGCUAUUCAACAAUUCAAUCCAUGUACGGCAAAUACAACAGUUCAAUGUGCAUUGUAUUACAGACAGAUUCUCUCGUUUAUACCAGCCGGUGUAGCUGUAUUGACUGUUGUAAUGACUGUCAGUUUGUGGAAAGCGAAUAUUGGUGGAAAUCGCCAUGAAAUAGUUACAUCUGAUCGUGCAAAAUUAUUGCCAUAUAAAAGUCACCUCAAUGAUGUGGAAUAUGACGAACGAACGCCACUUGUGGCUUAA